AUGCGUUUCUCCACCGUCGCUCUGUUGACUGGCGCUACCGCCGCCGCUGCCGGUAACACCGCAACCCUCCUCCUGCCCGGCUUUAAGGGCCAGGAUCUUGAGGCUAGUGUUAUCGAAACCAAUGGAGAUGCGACUACCUACAAGAUCACCUGCCCCAAGACUGCUUCUGCCUGCGGUAUUGCCGGCGAGGGCAUGACCGCAAUCGCUGCCCCGACUUCCAUGCAGCUGAAGAACAUCGAUCUCCAGGGAACCAUUGGAACCGUUUCCUGCAACAUUGCCGGCACCACUUACGCCUCCUGCCAGGCCUCCGCCGGCACUGUGACCCCAUCCGGCACCCUGGCCCAAGAUGAUCUCAACUGGAUGCCCGUGACUAUCUCCGCCACCCCGACCCCGACGUCAACCUCCACUCCAACCCAGACCCCCACCCCUACUAGCACCAGUACUAGUACCAGCACUAGCACCAGCACUAGCACCAGCACCAGCACCAGCACGACCGAGGUGACCUCCACCUCCACCCCGGCCAUCACUUCCUCGUCGACCCUCGUCACCUCGACCCCCAAGAAGUCCUCGGCUGUGAUCUCGUCCACUCCUCUGGCCGCCUCCACCCCUCUGGUGGCUGCGCCCACCACCACCGCUGUCAUCGGAAGCGGCGCUCCCGCCGCUUCCGCGACUGCCUUCAACUCCGCAGGCCAGAUCGCUGGCAGCGUCUGGACCGUUGGUGGUGCCUUCCUGGCCCUGGCCUGCGCUUUCGCGUAA